GACCUUGGUUGUUUUUGUUGUGUUAAGUUUAAAUAUAGAUCGUCAGUAACAGGUCAUUUAACUUGUUAUCUGUUACGUUAGCAUAAAAUGGAGACUAAUAUGUGAACUUAUACAUGUUCAGAUUUACAUGAAUAAUAUUCAAGCUAGUGUAGAAUCUAAGAUCAAGAUCAAGGACAUUAAUAUUGACAAGAUAAGUUUUUAUAUAUAGUAACUAGAUUAAAUAUCUUAACUUUUAACUAAAAUGCCGUUGUGUUAUAUAUUCACGAAUCUUAAGGAUUCAGAAAUUUCUCCAGACUUGGAAGAAAAUCUAGAGGAAUGUAUCUCAAAAUUAAUGAAUAAACCAAAGGAGCGGAUUACUGUGAUGCUGAACACCGGAAUACGCAUGAGGUUUGGCGGGAAGAAACAACCUGGUAUGGUGUGCAAUAUUCAUUCUAUAGCCGUAUUUGACGAGAAAAGAAAUCCAGGAUAUUUUCCGCAAUUAUUUGACGUAUUGACGUCGGCAACAAAACUUCCAGCAAGCAGCAUCACCAUAGAAUUAACAGACCUUCCUGCUUACAUGGCAUUAAAUGGCGCCGCUCUUUCUUAGCACUAUGUGGAAAAUUAACUUGAAGAAGAAAUUUUGUCGCUGUGAGCAAUGAAAUAGCAGUUGUGGAUCGGUUUUCUAUUCCUUUUUGCCACGUUUAAAUGUUGUCUGUGGAUAAUCGCGAAUAAUAA